CAAGAAAACAGUGCGAUCCGAACUUUCAGCGGUACGAGUCGAUGCGGUGAACGAAAGUGUCGCUUAUAAGAGAAAAACUGGUGUGCGGGUUUUACGAUGGUGCGAAGUCUCGCCCAGUGGACGAAAACUUUGAGUUUCCCCGCCCGCAUUUCCCCGAACGUGAAAAGUGCGAAGGAAAGUCCCACGGUCACGCCCACCCCGAGUAGUAACUCGUUGAACGCACCCCCUGUCGUCACGGUUAAAAAUAACAACGAGUUCAACAGUAUGAUGAACAACAAUUGUGCCUCAUUGAAUGAAGUUAAUCAAAUCUAUUCUGAUCCAGAAUCAGAAAAAGCUAUAAUGAGCUCGGUGGUCUACUGUAUCCAUCACAAGGAUGGUUGCAAAUGGUCCGACGAGCUGCGCAAACUCAAGGCGCACCUGAACACGUGCAAACACGACACCCUGCCGUGCACCAGUAAUUGUGGUGCCCAAAUCCCUCGGGUUCUAAUGGAGGAUCAUCUGAAGUACACGUGCCCGCAGCGCAGAACCAGAUGCGAGUUCUGCGCCAAGGAGUUCACCGGACACGGCCUGGAGAACCACGCGGGAAACUGCGGCUACGAACCGAUCUACUGCGAGAACAAGUGCGGCGUAAAAAUCCACCGUAGACACCUCAGUCAGCACAAGGUCAGCGAUUGCUCCAAGAGGUUGCUGCCGUGUCGCUAUUGUACCAAAGAGUUCGUUGCCGACACUUUACCGGCCCAUCACGUGAAAUGCGGCAGAGUACCGGUACAGUGUCCCAAUAGGUGUGACGUCAACGUCCUGGCCAGGGAGGAACUGGACACCCAUUUAAAAGAGGAGUGCACCAUUUCGGUGCAUAGUUGCUCGUUUAAGGAGGCCGGAUGUCGAUUUAAAGGUCCGAGGUACGCCAUGGAGAAACAUCUGGAGGAGAACUGUCAGCAACACUUGACCUUGAUGUGCGGCAUUGUGUCAAAGCAGCAACAUCAAAUCGCCUCGUUGAAGGGCGCCCUCUCUCGACUGUCCCUGAACUAUUCGGGGACGUUAAUCUGGAAAAUUAGCGAUUUUUCUGCGAAAAUUAGCGAGGCCAAGACUAAGGAGGGUAUGGAGCUCGUCUCACCACCGUUCUACACCAGCCAGUACGGAUAUAAAUUGCAAGCCUCCCUGUUUCCCAACGGGAACGGAGCGGGCGAGGACACCCACAUUUCCGUUUACAUCAAAAUCCUACCGGGAGAAUACGACGCGCUACUACGUUGGCCGUUCGCUCACUCCGUCUCAUUCACGCUCUUCGAUCAGUCCAGUUGUCCGGAAAAGGCGUGCAACAUCGUCGAGAGUUUCAUCCCGGAUCCGACCUGGAAGAACUUCCAGAGACCCAGCAAGGAACCCGAUUCCCUGGGGUUCGGUUUCCCGAAAUUCGUCUCCCACGAGAUGCUGAAGAAGAGGAACUUCACUAAGGACGACGUGAUGUUCAUCAGGGUGAAGGUGGAUCCCAGUAAGAUCGUUGCCGUGUAGCAAAAAAAAAACAAAAUUUGAUCUCACGAUGUUGUAAAUUUUGUAAAUGAUUUUGUUGCCCAGUGGGCCGUGAAGGUAGCCAUUAUAUGGCCGAAUGAGCAUUUUCUGUUUAUUUUUUUUUUUUUUAAUUUAAUUUGUGAUAGCUGGGGACACCAAAGGACCGAACUGUACAUUUUAAAUGUAAAUAUAAUAUAAGGAGUAUUAACUCGCGUUUUUUGUUAAAUAUAAGUAAUCUUCAUUAGAAUUAUUAUGUGUGACCGUUUUGCGACAAUAAACGUUAUUUUUAAA